CGAGCUUCCCGUUUCCAUGGCGACGUCGUCACACAACCUGCUUGCUGCAGAAACCAGACAGCUGUCAACUAAGCUAACCUCUGUUUUUCAUUGUAACUUCAUAGCAAAUAUGGAGUUCACAGGUAGCAGUUACACUGGAGCCUUCAAGAAUGGCAGGAUGGAGGGAGAAGGAGAGUAUAAAUUCCCCACAGAGACAAGAUAUGUUGGGGAUAUGAAGGAUGGCAUGUUCCAUGGAAAAGGUGUUCUCUAUUUUCCAAAUGGAAGCAAAUAUGAAGGAACUUGGGAGAAAGGGAUAUCCAAACAGGGAAAGUAUACCUUCUCUGAUGGGCUGGAGUACCAGGAGAAGGACUGGGACUUCUGUGAUGGUUAUGACAGACAGUUCUACACUGAGAGGUGCAAUGGACUCAAACCUGCAGGGGAGUCUCAGCUGACAGACCUGGACCCGCCGCGCGUCAUCCCAGAUGGCUGCUAUGACUGUGGGGACGGCUUCUACGACCCCAACACCAGGGUUAUCACUGACUAUGAGCAUCAAUUCCUGAGGAACGCAGAUGACUAUGAACGGGAGUGGAUUGUGUCCACUUGUCGGAAGAGCUGGGAUGAGAUCGUUGGACAUUCACCUGACAACUAGGCUGAAUUUCAGAACUGGACAUUGAGUUGAGGGGCCUGAGCAGCUGCUGAUUUAAAAGGCAGCUAAUUUAUGGAAUGUUUAACUGUAUAGGCUACCUGUGAAUCAUAUUUUGUGAAAUAUGGAAUCUUACACAUUUUCGUUGUUAUAAAUAUGAUUUUAACAGAUGCAUAAAAACAUCGGUAGGUUUAUUUCAGAUGCACAAAAACACAGCGAAACGCAUGUAAUGUAGCCAGCCUAUACUGAAAUGAAAUGUUAUAAAGUCUAGAUCGAAAAAGAUGCUAAUGCUUCAAACAUGUUCAUGCAGAAUGAGGGAAAAAAACAUUUUGGAUUUCUAACGUGUAAAGCCAUUUGUUUACGUGUAAUGUUUGUCAUUAAUUCUCUGCAUGGUGCUGCCUGUGUAAUCAGUGUCAGAUUGUUCUCUCAAGUGUCCUGAAAGACUCUGCAGGUAGCAGCCUAAUGGAUGCAAAUCAACAUGAGAUCACUUCCUGUUUGUUAUACGUGCAAUAUAUGCAGUUGCUAUAGGCUUUGUUCCAGUUGUAGUCUUAUAUCUUGUCUGUCUGUACAAAAACACACCAAUGGAAAACCCUUAAUCGAACAUACAUUCAACUACAGAAAUAUGCAAAGAAAUCUCAAUAUAAGGCUUUGGCUCCGAUAAUUGUAUUUUCUACUAUAAUGCUGUUUUUUUGGGGGGCAUAUUUCUGUAGUUUUAUGCAUGUUCGAUUUUGAGGGUUUUACAUUUGUGUGUGUUUUUGUACAGACAGACAGGCUUAUAUUCUGAGUGAGACGUUAUGUCUGCCUCAGCGAGAGCUGCCCUUUGAAACAGAACCCAGAGUAGGGGAUCAAUCUCAUGAUGCAGCCUGACAGUGACUUCCUGUCUGUGAUGGCGCUCCGCUGGGCUCGCGGGAGGAAUCAGCAGCAGAGCCGUGGAGAAAGAGAGGAGAGGAGAGUAGUUAUUACUGCACACACUGACCCAUGAAGCGCUCACUAGCACAGCCAUCGGCCUGUGAUUGCUUCCUACCCCCGCGCCGGGCACACCCGCACGCACACAACCAGGCAAACCCAGGUUUAAGGAAAAUCCAGACACACCAGAAUAACUCCGAGGCCUAUACAAAUUUACAAUGAAUGAUGCAUAUAGCGUAACAUGUUCAGACACGGUUAUCCAGCAGGAUCACUUAACCUUGACCACGGAUUUCAUAUUUCAAGAUCCAUUUUUAAAUUGGCACCUCUGCGUGUGUGUGUCCUUUAUUGAUUGUUUGGGAUAAGGAGGUUAACGUGCUUCUUGCAUCAAAUUGUUGUGGUCCAACUGAAAUUAUUUUAAAAAAAAUACAAAUUUCGCAUUUUAAAGUCAAUUUUAUUGCAUUUAGUACACAAAACACAGUCAAUCAAAUAAACCUGUUUCAUUUUUAAUAAAACAAUACUAUUUUGACAUUUUCUGAGAAAAAAAGUGCUUACAGACUAUUGUCUCAAUAAAUACAAGAACAUUGAAGUCUUGUCUCCCUUAGUCCCUUCGUAAACACAGGAUCCUAUUCCUCACUGACUCCACUCCACAGCCAAGACACAAAGUUAGUUUCACACAACCUCCCUCUACCCUGCCAGUCAGGCUGGCCAGCCACAGACGUCUAUAUACAUAUCGUGGUCCUUCUGUAGCUCAGUUGGUAGAGCAUGGCGCUUGUAACGCCAGGGUAGUGGGUUCGAUCCCCGCGACCACCCAUACGUAGAAUGUAUGCACACAUGACUAAGUCGCUUUGGAUAAAAGCGUCUGCUAAAUGGCAUAUAUUACAAUAUAUUAUAUCCCCAGUCCGCUAACUGUCAUUGUACCACAUCUCCAUUUCAACCCAUAGAAGUGAAGCACACAGGCUGGACCACUGUAGAAGAUAAAAGCUGACGGACAUGGAUCCUGCACAGACAUAAACACUAAAUUGCUGACAAAACAACUGUUUAAACAUGUAAUGUGACAUGUAUCGGUCUUUCAGUCCUUAACCACUGGGGGAAGACGUAUCUGUUUAUACAUUGCAGAUCUA